AGGUACUGCCAGUCCACUGAGAAAGAGGGACCCUCCGAGAUAAACACAGACUAGCGAAAGAAAUAAACAUUCCAACCCGAGAUGCUGCAAGGAUCCGCAUUCAGGGUGAGGAAGAGCCUGUAAGAAUUAUUCAAUCGCAUCGGGUUUUUAAAAAAUACAUUUGAGAAGACAAAACAAGGGGAGUCUCCACAACUAAUUUCAUGGGAUUUUGAGUUACAAGUUAAGUACGAGAAAAUAGACGUGCGCAAAAUACACCGUCUUCAUUCUAGCGGAUAAUCGCGCUGAACUUCGCCUGAUGAAGUGUUUUCGUGUUUGGAAGUUGGCACUUCCAUAACUGCCGAGGCAUUUGAUUUAUUUUGCAACAGACUGAACAGUUGUAAAUAGACUGAAUCGAAGAGAAUUUUUAUUUCUUGAGAAAUCAUGUUACUGGACGCUGGUCACCAGUUCCCUGGGUUGGGAGUUGGCACAUUUGCCAGGCAUCAUUCAGCAAGCGAAAUGCAGGACAGAGAUUUGAGUUUAGCACAAAAUAGCUUUGUCGAUACGGCACACAUGGGUGCCUUCAAACUGAACCACGAUCUCUCCCCCGGACAGAGCUCCGCGUUCACCUCCCAGGCUCCAGGUUACCCCGCUGCGGCGCUGGGUGCGCAUGCAGCUCAUGUCACGUCGUACGCCAGCUCGCCUUUUAACUCAACAAGGGACUUUCUGUUUCGCAGCCGGGGCUUCGGAGACUCGUCUCCGGCCAGCAGCCAGCAUGCGAUCUUCGGCCCCACAGCGGGGUCACUGCAUCACUCCCAUACAGACAGUCAGGGUCACAUUUUGUUUCCCGGGAUCCACGACCAGCAUGGGUCUCACAGCUCGCCAAACGUGUUGAACGGGCAGAUGCGACUUGGACUACCAGGGGAAGUUUUCGGCCGAUCCGAUCAAUAUCACCAGGUAUCCAGCCCGAGGACCGACCCUUACUCCGCCGCCCAACUGCACAACCAGUAUGGCUCCAUGAAUAUGAACAUGGGAAUGAACAUGGCAGCGCAUCACCACCACCCAGGUGCCUUCUUCCGUUACAUGAGGCAGCAAUGCAUCAAGCAGGAACUCAUCUGCAAGUGGAUCGACCCGGAGCAACUCAGCAACCCCAAGAAGAGUUGCAAUAAAACUUUCAGUACCAUGCACGAGUUGGUCACCCACGUCUCCGUGGAGCACGUCGGGGGGCCCGAACAGAGCAACCACAUCUGUUUCUGGGAAGACUGCUCCAGAGAAAGCAAACCCUUUAAAGCCAAAUACAAGUUAGUCAACCACAUUCGAGUGCAUACGGGCGAAAAGCCCUUUCCAUGCCCGUUUCCUGGAUGUGGCAAGGUCUUCGCACGGUCGGAAAAUUUGAAGAUUCACAAGCGAACACAUACAGGUGAGAAACCGUUCCAGUGCGAAUUUGAGGGUUGUGACCGGCGCUUCGCCAACAGCAGCGACAGAAAGAAGCACAUGCACGUUCACACCUCCGACAAACCCUAUCUUUGCAAAAUGUGUGACAAGUCAUACACACAUCCCAGCUCUCUACGAAAGCACAUGAAGGUUCAUGAAGCCUCCCCGCCCGUAUCAGACUCGUCGCCCGCAGCCAGUUCCGGGUAUGAGUCCUCCACACCCCCUGGCCUGGUGUCCCCCUCCACCGAGACGCAAAGCAACAACAAUCUGUCGCCCGCGUCAGCAGUGCACAACAACAACAACGGCCACAGCCACAGUCACAGCAGCCUAUCGUCCAAUUUCAGUGAGUGGUAUGUUUAGGACUCUGGCAACAGCACAAACCCAGUUCAGAAAACAGCAAGAAAACUCAAGAUCCGGACAGGCUUGUAAAAAGGAACCACUGUAUAGGCUAUACGAACGCUAUUACUAAGCGCCAUAACACGGCACCACGGAGGAUCAGCCAAGUGAUUUGCGCUAAACAUGUAUACACUAUUUUGUAAAUAAUUAUUACACACCCUCUCUCCCAAUGGUUGUAAUAGAUUUUGUCAGUUUUUGGUGUAUAGAUGUUCAUUCAAUGGUAGCUAUUUCUCUAACUGGACUUUUUAGUGCACAUAUUAUGGAUACAAGUUGUAUUAUGAUGUUAAAUAUUGUGAUCCCGUUGAGGCAAACUGAUUGUAACUAAACAUCUAUAAGCAGGAAGGAGUGCCAAAGUCAACACAAC